GUGACAGACAGUGACAGACGUGACAAGCGUAGACCUCUCUUGUCCGGCGAGGUCAAGUUUAGGGAGCAGUGAAUGGUUCGGUCGACGAACCGUUAUGGCAAAUCGUAAAAUAACUGACGAUUCGUACGUUAGAUCGUUGUUAAUGCACCACUUGUGUUCCUCGUCGUCCGACGAGGACGAUUUAACAACGGCCACCGCCGAUGAUAGCGAGGCAGCGCGAUGCAAAAACGAUAUUGCUCGCUUGACGUCCUCGUCGUCCGAUGAAGGGAAGAUGACCGUUCGUUGUCGAGAUCCCUCCAGGAACAAUCGUCUGUCCCCGACGUCCGACAGCUCCAACUCCAGGAGUCAACCCGUCGAGCAGCCGACAGGUCAGGAUACGUCGUCGCGUCGCGACAGCAAUCCCUUCAGUUUCAAGGCCUUCUUGAAGAACGGCACUCAGCAAACCAACUAUCAUAAUACCGGGGCACGGCCCAAGGUCUACUCGUCCCCCACGUCGAGUCCCGGCAGCGUUUUCGAUAAAGACAACGCCGGCGGCGGCGUUUAUUCGGGCCGAAAUCCGACAGAGCUGCCGGAUUUCGUGCAGGAUCACCUGGUCAUCGAACAGUGUUAUCUGAAUCACGAAGCCGAUCUGCCGGUAUUGCCCGACGUAGAUAAUCUACCAGAUUUUGCGUUGAACAGCGUGGAGCAGAGGCAAUCCCGAUUGCGAAACGAAACCAAGAAGAAUGAUUCUGAAAUCUUUGGCGAAGAUCUACGAUCGUUCGAUCUCACCGAUACGCUGCACAAAACCUCAACGCACAGAGAUCAUUCUAUGUCGAAUGCGAUGCAUUCGAAUCACUUGGAUUUGCCUGUGUUUGGAGACAGGCUUGACGAAAGCACGUCCUAUCUUCCUCGCCCCGAACACAGAGGAUUUCCAUUUGAUUUACCAGUACCCUUUGCCGAAUCUAAUCCCAAUGUAAAUGCGACCACACGAGAUGGUAAUCUGCCAGGAAGUGAAACGAGUGUCCAUAAAUCUCUGCCAGACUUUUUAAGCGACGGACCCAUAUAUAAUAGGUCUGCAGAUCCAGAAUCUACCGGUGCAAGUAUGGCAGAAUCUACAGAAAGAAGGCUUUUACUCGAAAACGAAAGGUUACAUCAGCAAUUAGAAACAGCUCGGAGGCAAAUAAGCGAAAAGACUGAAAGAAUUCGUUUAUUGGAGGCAGAACUACUGUCUAAGAGAGAAGUUGAGCAUGAGGAAACAGCGCACUUGGAAAAGGCGAUGGAACAAGUUGAAGAUAAUUUAAAACGAAGUACAAAGCGAGCAGUUAAUGCUGAAAGCACUGUCACAUCGCUGAAAAAGAAGAUUAAAGCUUUGAUGGCAGAAAUAUCUCUACUACAAUUGGAAAACGAUCAACUUCGAGCUGGCACUUCGACUGCUGGACAAAGCGAGUCGAACACUGGUAUCGCUAACACGAAUCGCACUGUGAGAAGGCUCGCCCGUGAUCUAUUCGCGGCUGCAUCGUCGGCCGAAGUAUCUCUUAGACAGUUAAUGUCCGGUGUGGAUAACCUGAGAGUUCUUGCAUCGACUCUUGAAAAUAUGGAUAGGAUAGAAGAUUGGACCAAAGACUUUUUACCCGAUUCCGAUGAGGACAAUGCUGCUGGUCCCGCAGUAUAACUCUCUCUCUUUCUAUAUAUAUACCACUUUAUCACUUUUUCAUAUACUCCAGCAAUUGUAAUAAUUUUGCUGCUUACUGAUGCUAGUUAAUCCUUACACUGACAGGUUUAACAUAAUACAUUGUGCAGCAAACGUUGCGAACGCAACGAAACACAUUACUCAUUCGAUUAUUUGUUGUUAUCUGUGUGUUUGUCGCAGAAUUUUAAAUUACCAUCUUUGUUGCUGUCGUCCAUACAAAUAUUCUAAUGCAAGAUCACUUUUGAUCCGAAUAUAUAAAUAUAUAUAUUAUUUAUGAAGUAUUUGUUAUAUUUUUUUGUAUUUCUGUUCGUGAUAGUUUAUGCAAGAAUAUUUACUAACUCGAUACCAUCAUGAUGCAAAAAUGCAGAUAACAUUGUUAUCAGCAAAUUUUCUUGUAAUUAAAGAAACAUAUAUUUUUUUAGUUAUAUAUUGUACGUAAAUAAAAAAAAGUGGAUUUGAAAGAUACUCGAAAUCUUCGUGAUAUUAUCACAGCAGAAGCUGACAGAAUGCUAAAAGUGAUCUCUUGCAUGCAUUAUGCAAUACAGCGCACGAUGUAAAAGCCAAAAUAUAUUUUUGACAAGUGACUCUCUUACUGUGUAUGUGUAUACAUGAGGCUUUAAAUAGAAAUACAAAACAGAUGUACAGCUAGUCUGAUUCCAGACCAUAAAUUUAUCAAUAAGUUACAGAUUACGCGAUAACAUGUAUAUAUUGUCAGUACGAUAUUUAUUUUUUAAUCGAUACAUGUGCAUUGUGCAGACACAAGGUAUGUUUGAGUGUAUGCGAAAUGCAUAUAUGUACUUUGGUAUUAAAAGGAGUUGAAUAACAAUAUACACACACACAUAUGUACAAUUGCAGAUAAGAAACAUUUAUGAUACUUUAUUAACUUUUUUAUUUAGCAUUUUAAAUAAAAAGCUUCAAAUAAAAAAGUUAAGAGAUAUAAAUAUAAUAUGAUUGCCCAAUCGUGUUAUAAGAAAUCCUGAAAAAUCCAAGAGAUUUCUUUCUUGAUACAUUAAAUCUUAUUAAUUAUUAAUAUAUAUAUUAAUAAAAAAAUUUUAAAUGGAUAUUUUUUAAAUAUAUUGUAGCAGAUGAAGAGUGCAAGAUAGGUGGCAAUGAAGAUCAUAAAACACAAUAAAAUAAUGAAUCAUUAAAAUUAUUUGAAAACAAAUUUGUAUCUAAAAUGUAUGUCAGAGAAAAGAAAUAGCAUAGGUAAAGAUUGUACAAAAACUGAAUUAAAUGCCGAAGCGAGAAAUAAUACAAACAAUAUGUCAAUAAAAA